AUGGAUAUUGCUGCUGCUGCUCCUGCUUAUGGUGAUGCGUUGCUGGCACGAUGGAACGAUUUGGCUUCAUUCCUGACACCGUCGCAAAGGGAAAAAUGGUGGCAACGAUUGUGGAGUAGCUAUAGCCAGCGAGCAUUUCAUAACCUGGAGCAUCUCAAUCGUAUGCUGCUACUGUUCGACGAGUACAAAGAUCAGUUGCAUGAGCGCUACGCCACUGCUUACGCUAUAUUCUUCUUAUAG